AUGUCUGACGAAGAAGAGAUUCUGUAAGAUUGUUUAUUUCAGGUGGUAAAUUUAUUUUAUGAAAAUUUUCAAUUUUUCAGUUCCGGUGAGGAAGAGGAGGAAGUAGAAGAAUCCUUAGCCGAGGAUGUUGAGGAAAAGUGAGUUACUAUUACUCAAUCCAUAAAUUGUCGGUAUUUUUGUAGCGCGGAAGAGGAAACCGCUGAAGCCACCGAGGAAGCCCCAGAAGAGGCUGAAGAGGAGGCUCCAGUUGAGGAGAAGCCAAAACCACGUCCACCAGUGCAAGAAGAAAAACCACCAGCAGAAAUGACUGAGGCUGAAGCCGCUAUGCUUGCCGCCAAGAAACGUCACGAGGAAGAAGAAGCCGCCAAACUUCUCGAUUAUGAGCAACGCCGUGUUCUUGAGAAAGAACGUAUGGAGGAAGAACUCCGUGAGCUCAAGGAGAAGCAAGAGAAACGUCGUGCUGAACGUGAAGAAGAUGAACGUCAAUUCGCUGAGCGUAGACGUCAAGAUGAAGAGCGUCGUCGCAAAGACGAAGAAGACCGCAAGGCUAAGGCUGAUGCUGAAAAGGCUCGCAAGAAUGAGGAAAAAACUCGUCGUCAACAAAUGAUGGCUGGAUCAUUCGCCGGAGCCGCUGUUGGAGCUCCAGGAGGUAAGAACUUCACUGUCACCAAGGGAGAUCAAGCUGCUCAAUUCGGAAACUUGGCUCAAGGAGCUAAGGCUGAAGGAGUCUCUAAAGAACAACAAGAAGAAGCAAAGAAAGCAUUCUUGGCCGCUAUUUGCCGCGCUCAAGAUGUUUCUGGACUUAUGCCAAAUGACUUGAAAGAAAAGAUCAAGGGAUUGCACGCACGUAUUGUGAAAUUGGAAGGAGAGAAAUAUGAUUUGGAGAAGAGACGUGAACGUCAAGAUUAUGAUGUAAGUUUUCAGUGUUUUCUUUUUGCUCUUUCAAAUUUCUCAUGCAACUUUGAUUUCAGCUCAAAGAACUCAAUGAACGUCAACGUCAAGUUGCUCGUAACAAGGCUCUCAAAAAGGGACUUGACCCAGAGGAAGCUGCCUCAUCUGUUCAUCCACCAAAGAUCACCACCGCCUCUAAAUUCGAUCGUCAAAUUGACAGAAGAUCAUACGGAGAUCGUCGUGUUCUUUUCGAAAAUCCAUUCGUUAAACCAACACCAAACUUGGCUCGUGGAACAGCUAGACCACCAGCAGAAUGGGGACGCAAAGAAAAUGAAGAGUUGGAGCAAAUCAGGUGAGAUCUUGGAGUUUACUCCAAAUUUCAUUAAAAAACAAAUUUUUAAAUGAAAUUCGUUAUAGAAAGAACCUUGAACCACCAAAGUAUGUUGAACAAGUUAAAGCUGAAGGAGACGCUGCUCGCCCACCAAUUGCACCAAUUCCAUUGGCAUUGCCAGAAAAAGAAUUCGCCGAUGCUCCACCACCAGCACCAGCUGGAAAUCCAAAUGAGGGAGCUGAAGUUAUUAUUCCAGACAGUGAAGCUGGAGCUGAACCAGUUGCUGCCUAA